UGGUCGAGCAACGGAAAAAAGAACUCCUUUUUUUCUAUCUUCUGUUCACGUUACCAGGAAAAAGCUGUUGUGCCAAAUGGGACCUAAUUGGACUCUGUUUUGUGCGAAAUUCAGAUUUCUCAUGAAGCCAACGGUUGUAUUUCUGAGUGAUGAAAAUUCUAGGUGAAUUAGGAGGAAUGAUAAGGGCACUCACACAAUUCUCCAUCCACUUCUUAGGCUUAAAAGAAUGUAGUGUGUGUUGUAAUCGUUUGAACUUCGAUACAUGAGGAGUGUAUUAUCAAUAGAAAACCGAACUUUUCCAAAAUACGUUGAAAGCAAAUUUGGUGCAUAUUGAAAGAUAAAGUGAAUGGAUUAUUUUUCAUCAUCCAAACUCAUAGAUAAUCACAGCAGUGUACCCGAAAUUGUGUGAUGAGAGAGAAUGAGACCCUUUCAAUAAACAAGCCAAUUGUUUGAAUUGCGAUAAACCAUAAGGCAAGAUAAACACAAUAUAAAUUAAAAUAACUCAACCUUAUACGUGGUGCAAACUGUCUGAUUAUUUUGUGUAUAAAUGGUGGAAUUUCAUUAAGAGAACUCUUGUGGCUUUCCUUCUAAAUUUCAUCCAUCAUAAAGACUUGUUCUUGCCUUUGUUGAAAGGAGCACAACCAACGUACAAUUCUCUAGAGAAAAUAAACAUCAUGCUACAAAUUUUCAGUGUAAUUUUUAUGCAAAUCAUCACCCGUGAAAAGUCCAAUGAAAAUAUUACAGCAUGAUAGGGUGUUAUGAAGAAAUUCUGUUCGUUGCUGAUACUAUAAUUAUCGCACAUGUGAACGAAGUUGAACGGACGGACAUCGCGGUGCAGUUGUGAAGCUUUGUUGUAUCAAUGUCGAAUUGUAAGGCAACGGCAUAAAUUCCGCACGCGUUUUCAGUGCCAAUAAGUAUUGUGUUAGUGUUUGUCUAAAUAUAAAUGUGACCCUCCUUGCGCGCAUUUUCUUCAUUUUAAUGCUAAAGUAGUUUGCGAAAGACGGCGAGAUUUCCAAUCAGCUGAUAAAGUGCUUAACAAUAUACAUUUUUUGUACAUCUCAACACUUUUGUGUAUUGGCUACUUCACAUCCAAAUAAAGGUGCAGAGUGUUGUACACAAGGAGUCAAGUAUCGUAUUCACAUAAUUUCAACAAUUUCACAUUUGAAUUGAUAACUUUGGAGAUUUUCUUAUCACGCGACCUGUUAUAUUACUCAAAAGCGGAAAAUGACUGGCUCGAGGUUAAUUUAAUAAUUAUUUAAUUUGUGUUUGAUAAAUCGACGAAAAAAGUUGACACAUCGUGAGACUUUUGAUGUCAUCACGAGAACCGCGUGUCGUAUUUGAAUUAUCAGAGUUGCGCGAACGCACAUCAAGUACACGUGCUGACCUUAGAGUCAACAGUGUUCCGCUGCAAGUAUGACCCAUGGACCAACGGCUCCGCGAAAAGACAUCGCGGAUGGUGGCGAAGAAGAGGCUCAAUUGCCAGCGCCUCCGGAUGGUGGCUGGGGAUGGAUGGUGGCGUUCGCCUCGUUUGCCAUUCACAUUGUUACUGAUGGUAUGACCUACUCCUUUGGCAUGUUCUAUGUGGAAUUCUUGACGUACUUUGGUGAGGACAAGAGCUACACCGCAUGGAUUGUGUCCAUUUUAGUUGGUGUUACCUUAUGUUCAGGUCCGAUUUCCUCCUCUUUCGUCAAUCGAUAUGGGUGUCGAGCAGUGACUAUUGCGGGAUCAUUAUUGGCUGGUAUAUGUCUGAUUGCCAGUGUUUUUGCACAGAAUGUCCUUACGCUCAUCAUCACCAUUGGGCUAGGCACUGGCAUGGGCUUCGGACUGAUCUAUCUACCAGCAAUUGUGAGUGUCACAAUGUACUUUGAGAAGUACCGAUCGCUGGCAACAGGAAUUGCUGUUUGCGGAUCUGGUCUAGGCACUUUUAUAUUUGCCCCUCUCACAGAAUCCUUAAUUGGAAAUUACGGAUGGCGUGGAGCGAUGCUAAUUAUUGCAGGAAUUGUUCUCAAUUGUAUGAUCUUCGGAGCGAUGUUCCGACCCCUGGAGGCACCAAAAAAGAAAAAGAGAAAAAGUAUUAACUCCGAUGAGGAAACACCACUCAAGAUUCUUCCAUCAAGCAGUAAACAGGGAUUAUCGAUAACAGGCAAUAGACUGAGACUCGUUUCGGAAAAUCAAUUGACCGUUUCUGAAGAUACUGAGUCACCAAUUCAACGGUCUGUGAGUAUUGGUCAGGAGAUAACACAUGACACUGUUACCCGACGUGACCCAAAUGGAAAUGUAGAGAAUGGAAUUCGCCAAACUUCUAGCCAACCACUCCUUACGUCUUCCGUCGCUGAUGCUUCCUUACGUGCUAGUACUCGUACGAAUGGUAGUGGAACCAUGUAUCGGCCUGACAUUCUUUAUCAAGGAUCUUUGCUCAAUAUCCCACAAUAUCGAUCUCGUGGAGAACUAGCCAUCACGGAGUCAGACCGCUACGGAUCUCUGAGGCGGGAGGCCACUCCUGCUCUUCAGGACACCCCUGAAGGGUUCACAGUAUGCGGAUGCGUACCAUGCUCCAAGGAGACCAAAGACACAUUCCGUGAGAUGCUCAACUUCUCUAUAAUGCGUGAUACCGUAUUUAUCCUAUUUGUUGUGUCCAACUUCUGUACAAGUAUCGGUUUCUAUGUUCCAUAUGUCUUUUUGGCGGCACAGGGUGAAGAACAAGGCCUAACUAAAGAGGAAACCAGCUACCUUUUAGCUAUCAUUGGAGUAGCCAAUACUAUUGCCAGGAUUGUUUUAGGGUACUUUUCCGAUAAAUCUUGGGUCAAUCGACUAUUGGUGUACAACUUGUGUCUUACAAUUUGCGGAAUCGCAACUGCCUUAUCUAUCUUCUGCCUAGAUUUCUUUUGGUUGAGUGUAUAUUCGGUAGUUUUCGGUUUUACAAUUGGUGCCUACGUGGGAUUAACGUCCGUGAUCUUGGUAGAUUUAUUAGGCUUGGGGAAACUGACCAAUGCAUUUGGCCUUCUGUUGCUCUUCCAAGGAAUUGCGUCUCUUGUAGGACCUCCACUUGCUGGUUGGCUCUAUGAUGUUACGAAAUCAUACACCCCUGCAUUUCUCAUGGCUGGAAUAACGAUUGCUGUUAGCGGACUUAUUCUGUUUGGCAUUCCACCACUCCAGCGGUACCUCAGGAACAGGCGUACUUCGUGCUUCAAUGACGCACUGUAGGAAAAAAUCUUCCACCAACCCACAAUCCUUGCCAAUUUACUGCUGUCAGUUAACACUGAGUCUUCCUCAUUAGAUGGUAUGAUAAAAGAAUAGCGAAGUGGGAGGAAGAACUAUAGUUUCUUAUUCUUAUAAGAUGAGAUUUCAAUCACAUUGCGUUUCCCUGGCAUAAAAUCACGAACAAUUCAAUUCAUUUGUUACAACUAAUAUGAUUCUUGGCAGAAGAUUUAUGUGCAUCAUGGUCCUACAAUAUUCAACAUAAUGUCUCAAAUUAUGCACAUGAAUUACGAUAUUAUCUUCUAUGUUGUAUAAAGUAUAAUAUGAGAGGUAAUGGAAAGAAUGAAUGGGUUGAAGUUGAAAGAUGUGAAGAAUGUGAGAGACUUGAAACUUUAGAUUUAAAUCCUUUCAUAUACCGUCGCGCGACCAAAUAACAAACACUAUGUAGGAUUAUACGUCAAUUUAUUCUUGAUAAUAAUUUUCAGUGCAACAAAGAACAGGCGUAAAAAUAAAUACAUAUCUCUUAACGUAUUGUUUUUUUUUUAAUAAAUUUUUCAAAUAUUUAACACGGAAUAUUUAGUAACUAUAGGAAAUCUAGACUACAAUUUAACAAGACAGAUCUAUCAACAAUUUUGUACUGUUUCACGUCCAUUACACAUAAAAGAAGAAAAUUCGACAUGUAAUUGUACAUCUUACUUCGAUUGAAUGUAAAAAUUGUAUAUAAUAAACUAUUAGAUAAUGUCAAAUCUAA